CGUCGAGCCGCCGCUGUUGUUGUUGUUGUUGUUUCGUCUCCUCGGUCGUGUCUCAGCGCGCGGUGACAGUCACACGAUGUGGAAGCUCUUUUUCACGGUUAUCGCCGCGGUGUCCCUCGUCGGUUCCGCUGUCCUCGUCGGAGGCUUUCAGGACCUCGACGUCAACGACGGAGGCGCGCGUGACGCACUCAACUUCGCCGUGGCGAAGCACAACAGAGGCAGCAACGACUUGUACCUCAGCCAAGUGGCGCAAGUGAUCCGGGUCCAGAGGCAGUUGGUGGCUGGCUACAAGUACCUGAUCACUGUGAAGAUGGUCAAGUCUGAGUGCAGAAAGGACAACGCGAAGGACGCGUGUGCCGCCCAACAAGGCUCAGCAGCUCGGUCUUACCAGUGCAAAUUCACCGUGUGGAGCCGCUCAUGGCUCAAUGACAUCCAGCUGCUGAAGGAGGAAUGCUAGAAAGAGAACUACAGGAAAUCAUCAUCAUCAUCAUCAUCAUUAUUGUUUGUAGAAUAACCUUCAUAUUUAGAGCAAUAUGUAUUUUCCUGUAGAUGAUGCAAAGCAUUAAUAGAAUUUGCAUACAUUUACCUUUUAUAAAAGCAACUUUGUAAUACUUAAUCACUAAACCAAAUAAUUGGAUUUUGAAUUGUUGACAUGGCUAUUGAAAAAAGUUUUAAAAUGAAAUGAAUUAAAGUUCCAUAGUAGCAUGAAUGUGUCCAUUGAUAUCCAGUAUUCUGUCAACUAUUUCAAUCAUUGUUGAAUGUUCAGCAUUCCUAUCCAUCAUCUGACAUUGGUCACUAAAGCAACAAAUACUGUAAA